AUGGAUGAGGCUCGCAGGCCGGAGAGGGGCCCCCGAGGGGAAGAGGAGAUGGGGGGACCCAGAGUUUGGCCGGUCCUGUCCGCCCUCAUCGCCCUGUCUACCAUUACCAGAUUCCACCGCCUGGGGGAGCCGCCACACGUCUGGACAGGCCGCAACCUACACAGCCACCAGCGUGAGGCGCCACUCACUAAGAAACACCUGCAGGUUACAGCGUAUGGAACGAAUGGAACCGGCGACACCAAUGAUUUCUGGAGAAUCGAGGUUUCUGGAGGGCGGAGCCCAGUAAAAGUUCUUCGCAGUCGCAUCCGACUUUUGCACCUAUCCACAGGCUGCGUCCUCGGCUCCUCUGCAAAGACGCUUCCCAAGUGGGGAUGGGAGCAGGGGGAGGUGACAUGCAGUCCCUAUUUACGGGAGAGCCCCAGCACCAUGUGGAAUGUGGAGGACCACGAGAACCAGCGAUUGCCAAAUAUCAGUGUCUCCAUCCUGAAGCCAUCGUUCCUGGAGAUCCUGUUGGAGUCGCACGUUGUCAUGGUGCGGGCAAACAGCGGUCUAAAACCUAAAGAGCAUGAGGUCACAUCAAAGCCGUGGCACUGGCCAAUCAACUUUCAGGGUCUCCGAUUCUCGGGCGUUAAUGCUACAGAUACCCGCGUUUACCUCCUGGGAAAUCCGGUCAUCUGGUGGCUCAAUCUUGCCUGUCUGGGUGUGUAUGCACUCCUGGUGGUCUGGGCAGCUGUCUCCCUCCAGCGUGGCCUAUGCCUGUCUGAGCCAGUGAAAGAGAGUUACACCCUGCUCCUGGAGAGUGGGGGGCCACUGCUGCUGGGGUGGCUGCUGCAUUAUUGUCCCUUCUACUUCAUGGGUCGAGUGCUGUACUACCACCAUUACUUCCCAGCCCUGCUCUUCUCCUGCAUGUUGACUGCACUGACGCUCUCUGUCCUGUUGAAGCUCUCCGCUCAUCUCUGGUGUCCAUCUGAGCCGCGCUCUGUAUAUACAGCAGGGAUGACUCUGCUGAUCCUCAUCCUCAUAUACAGCUUCUACCUCUUUCAGCCCCUGUCGUAUGGAAUGGAGGGGCCCCUGGCAGACAAGCAGGACAGUCCCAUGUCCGGGCUGCGAUGGAUGGACUCCUGGGAGUUCUAGGUCCCACCGUGCUUCUUUACAGACCUCUGUGCUUUGGGGGGGUCCCCGGCUCAGUCCUGGCGGUGGAGAUACUGCGCCUCGAUGUAGAAAUUGUGGAGCCUUUUUAGACUGUAAUGUGCGACCAGCCACAUCACGGAAACGGUGGACGCUGUAUGGACGCUAUAUGGUUACAUAUUAUAUUGCUGCUAAACUCAGACUUGUCACUGCCAGCAGGAGGCGUCUGUCCUCCAGAUUUGGGGUAAGGCGCCAUUCUAUUUACCUGCCCCACCCCAAACUCACACCACUGCCGGUUACUUGUUUCCCUUUCAUCUUAUUUUCUGUAUGACUUGGAGAGGGAUGCAAGUGAAUGAAUGAAUGAAUGACUUGUAUAGCGCAACGCAUGCGAACUGAAUCGCCUCUGGGCGCUUUU